AUGAGCGAUCUUGCCGAUACCAAAAAAGAUGGAACCGGCAUUGGAUCGAAUUCUUCUGCUGCGAAAGACCAUAACAAUGUGACACGCGAAACUGGGGCUCAGCAGGAUUCCGACCCCAACCACAAGCCUGUAGCUACUUCUACUUCAAGUGUAGAUGAUAGUCUAUUUAUUGGUUUUGGAUCUAAUAUUAACUCGGGCUCGACAAGAUCUUUUCUACAGGAGCCCAGAAGAGAGUCCAUGUUUACUUCGGAUUUUCUUUCUGGAAUUGUUGGCCCUCAGGGUAAUAAUGGAGGUGGUCUGUCAGCAGCCUCUUCUAGAAGACCAUCUUAUGCCGCUGAAUUUUCAUCGAGGCCAAGAUUUCUGGAUUUGGCUGAUGCCUUUGCAUCCAAUACUAGUCAAGCGGAGAUGCCAAGGCUGUCAGCAGCUGUGUCGAAUCCAAAUCUUAAUCCCUUCAACAAUGAUUUAGAUAAAUGGCUGAAGGUUGGCAGUGAUGGUGUCAUUGGACCUGGUGGCCAGGCAAAUCAAGGUCAUGCUCCAGCUAUCGCCAGUGGCCUACGUAGAGGAAGUACUGCUAGUUUGACGACUGGCGUUCCUGGCAAUACCGGAGCUCCAUUGUGGAAUAGUUCAGGUUUAACUGCCUCUCAGGCGCACGGGUUGCAGGCAUCACCCACGAGAGAAGAGUUUACUCUGCCUCCAGUGCCCCCUUCACAGAAAAAGUCUUUUCGCUCCUUGAGCUUUUCUACGGAUCAGAGGUUGCUUCAUCAUCAACAACAACCUGGGUCUCAUCAGUUGUUAGGAUCAUUCAAUGAAGAAGAUGACUAUGACUCUACUCUCAAUCCUAACUCUCUUGGUCAGGAGGAUCUAUCUUUGAUUUACGGAGCUAUUGGGCAAGAGUCGUCGUCUCAUUACCAGACUCCUCCCAGUCUGUGGUUUAAUAGUGGUAUUCCAGGUACUGGUGCAAAGGAGGGCUCUCGACGUCAUUCAUAUGCUGGUGAAAACUUUAAUGCUGACCAACAUCAGCAGCAACAGCAACAUCAAAAUCAACAGCAGCAGCAGCAGCAGCAGACAACUAAGCCACAAUCACACCUUAGACAGGUACACCAAUCACAGCAGUUUCAAGGUGAGGUGAAUAACCCCACCUCACCAGUAGCGUCCACAGGUGAACAAGUUCAGAACCUUCGGAUUCACGACCAGGCUGUUAAUAGCCCUCCAAAGCUAACCUAUACAGAAGCUAUUGAGAACUAUUUUUCAUUUGACAAGUUGGGUCGAAAUACCCUUUCAGAAUCGAUCUUAGGACAACAGCAAAUUCAACAAAGAUCUCCACGAUCACAUUCUCCAUCAUCUAUAUCUGGUUCACCUACCUUGUCUAGUGCUAUUCCCGCAAAUCUUUCCUCUUUAAUAUCAGUUCCUAGCAAGAAAUUAUACUUUGUUCAGUUCAAAGCGGGCAGACUGGAUGUCUUUUUUAUUCCAGACAGUUCAGGUUUAGUUGUCCAUGUCAAUGAUCUUGUUAUUGUCGAUGCAGACCGAGGCAGAGACUUAGGUAAAGUUGUCAAGGAUCAUGUCACCACAGAAGAAGCCGGCAUGCUUAAGUAUAUUAGACACCAGGAACAACAGGCUAUUCUUCAACAUAAUCCAAAUUCAAUGCCCGUUAACUCUGGUUCUUCAGGCCCAGGAACAACCAUGCCCAAACAGAUUUUAAGAUUCGCACAAAGUAAUGAAGUUCAACAAAUUACCAGUAAGCAGUCGGAUGAGGAAAAAGCAGUAUCCAUGUGUGUCCACAAGGUUCAAGAAAAAGGGUUGGAUAUGAGUGUCAUUGAUGCUGAGUACCAAUGGGACAGACGCAAGCUGACAUUCUUCUACUCUGCCACCCAUCGUAUUGAUUUCAGGGACUUGGUAAGAGAAUUGUUCCGUAUUUACAAGACAAGAAUAUGGAUGUGCGCAGUAAACCCUGCCGCGGCAGCCGCUGCUGCUGCUGCCGCUACUGACGGUGACACCAAAGGUAAUCAACUCAGCCCAAUGAUGGAUAGGCCCACUCCUUCCACUAGUUCUGGUGCCAAUGUUGCUAAAUCUGCAGGUAAUGCUCCUCUUGGUUCGGGUACAAGUAAAGGAUCUCCACCUAGCAGUGUUGUGCAAUCACACGUACCAACUCAAUCUGAAUAUGGCUUGGCUAGUUCACAGCUUCUGGGACCGGGAUCAUCCCAAUCGUCUGAGAUUCGUCAACAACCUCCAUUGACCAUCCAACCAUCUGGCUUAUCAGCUAACCCAGAGAUCUAUGAUCAAGUUCCAUCAUUUGACCAGUGGGAGGGUAAUAAUGGAGUCAAUAACAGGGGCCACCAGCAUAACCGCAAGCUCUACAAUGGCCAGAUGAAUGGUCCUAUACCAAACUCAUACAUGCCCUUGAUGCAGCCUAUAGUAACCACGAGUGGUCAAUUCACACAGCCAAUCCCCCACCCCCCGAGAGCAAAGUACCCUCAAUAUGGUGGAAAUAUCCAGCCUAUAAGCUUGCCACCCAAUGCCAUAGGGCUCAAUGGACAAUAUUGGUAUGGACCUCCCCCUCCCCCGCCUCCAACAAACACAUUUUACUAA